AGGGUCCAAUUUUAAUUCUGCCUCUAAUCUCUGCAACAGCCGCGCUUCCCACAACAGCUCAAGGUUGGGUUGAUCCUGACCGUGGCUUCGGAUAUCUAUACAUUCCUCUGUCACACAUACACGCACACACCAUUCCCUCUGCUCCCAGUCGCCUGUCAGAAACCAUGUCACUGGCUCCUUGGCAGCAAUGGAAACCCUAGAGGAAAAAGUCUCUUCUGACGCUCGAGCCUGACUGAGGAGACCGCGAUCUCAAGGAGGGGAACGAAAAUGAAGGCGCUGCUGCGACAUGGGCUGGCGGUGUCUUUAGCGCUCACCACCAUGUGCACUAGCUUGUUGCUCUUGUACGGCAGUAUCGGUGGUGGCGGCGGAGGAGGAGGAGGAGGAGAAAGAGGUGGCGGCGGCGGCGGCCAGAAAGAGCGCAGCCAGCAGCGACAGCAGCAGGUGGCGGUGACAGCCAGCCAGCAGCCUGAGAGCCAGAAGCAAGUGAGCACCGCUGCCCAGCGACGGCCCGCCGGGCUCCCCGACCGCCCCUUGGAAGGCUACAUCAGUGUCCUGGACCACAAGCCUCUGAAAAUGCACUGUGCAAGCUGUGCUCUUGUAACAAGCUCCGGACACCUUUUGCGAAGUCGGCAAGGCAACAAAAUUGACCAGACAGAGUGUGUAAUACGAAUGAACGAUGCACCCACACGGGGUUUUGGAAAAGAUGUCGGAAACAAGACAAGCCUGCGAGUUAUCGCUCACUCCAGUAUUCAGAGAAUUCUGCGAAAUCGCAAUGAACUGUUAAAUAUGAGCCAAGGGACUGUAUUUAUCUUCUGGGGUCCCAGCAUCUAUAUGAGAAGAGAUGGGAAAGGACUGAUUUAUAAUAAUUUACAACUGAUGAAUCAGAUACUACCUCAGUUAAAAGUAUAUAUGAUAUCCCGGCACAAGAUGCUUCAGUUUGAUGAUCUCUUCAAACGUGAAACAGGAAAAGACCGGAAGAUCUCCAACACUUGGCUUAGCACAGGCUGGUUCACAAUGAGUAUCGCAUUAGAACUGUGUGACCGGGUAGAUGUCUAUGGGAUGGUACCACCAGAUUUCUGCAGGGAUCCUAAGCAUCUUUCAGUACCUUACCAUUAUUAUGAACCUCUGGGACUUGAUGAAUGCACGAUGUAUCUUUCACACGAACGGGGAAGAAAGGGCAGUCACCAUCGUUUUAUCACAGAGAAGCGAGUGUUUGAGAACUGGGCCCGGACAUUCAAUAUUCACUUUUUUCAGCCAGACUGGAAACCAGAAUCACUUCCUCUAAAUCAUGUUAAGACUAAACUGGUAUUCUGAGAAGAAGGGGAAAACAAAUCUCACAAGGCUGUAACCCACAAUCACCUACUGUAUCUGUGGCUUCAGAGGACAAUAUGCAGCAAGCCAACCUGAAGAAGAAAGGUUAUCAGGGUGUGCAGAUGAAAACUGGUACAGUAUUCAGGAAGUUAUUGCAAAGGAAUGCCAUUCAAAGGACAUUUGGUAUCCAGCUGUGUAUCUUAAGCAAAUAUGUUAACUUCUGUCUAAUGAACAUGCAUCUAUGUAUGUGAUUUGUUAAAAAGAAGCAAAAGGCAAAGAAACCUCUUAUAAGAUGCAGAAUUCAUCUUGUUUUUAAGGCACAUUGCCACUGGGUUUUCAUAGUGACAUUUAACAAUUUACUUAGUGGAGGUUUUUAAUGCAAUCCAGUAUUUUUCUAUUUCACAAUGAUAUGGUUAUUUAUCUUUCAUAAUCCUUCCAAAACUGAGGAUUUAUAUUGCUGCUGGUUGAAGGCCCAGCUUCUUGUUUAUACAUUUUUCUCUUUGAAAUAUAGGAUUGAUUCUAUCUAGCAUGUAAUUAAUAUUUGAUCUGGAAGUUGGUGUAUUUAUUUUUUUUUAAUUUUUUAAUUCUUCGGCUAUGUUCCAGCAUCAAGCCGUCCGACAGGAAGCACAUCCUCAAGUGAUGCGGUAGUGAAUGAUGCCUCCUGAAGUAAUCUCUGGCUUCAUGCACACAAUUAACGGAAAUGUGGAGGACCAAUUUAGGACUUUCCAUAUCCAGAUUGCUUUUAGUCCCCUGGUAUUUGGCAUAACUCAUUUUCCAUACCGAAGCAGGCUGGCCUAGAGCUCCACCUAAUCAAAAGAUGUUCUGGGCAGAAAUGACUUUCCAGUGACUUGCUAGGUGGUUUUGGUGUGUUUGCCACAUGCAGACUACACCUUUUAGGUUCCUGUCCUAUAAACACUAUGUGGGCAUUUCUGAAAGGGUUGCCCAGCAGAAACAAGCAGGGCUAGUAUCCUACUGAGCUCUUUUCCUGAUGGGACAAGUUCUGCCAUUUCACAAGGCAGUGAUCUCCACAAAGAAGACCUGCCUUCCACUUGCCACCAGCAGGGCUUGUGCAUGCAACAUGAUAUUGUGUCAUUUUGCUAGCAGGACUUCCCAUUCAUGGAACUCAAUAUACCACCGAGACAUCUGUGGCAUUUUAAAGCCAGAAGCCUGUUCAAUUAUGGACCCUCAUAAGGGCAGUUGUGUUCCCCUACUUUGGAAGGCACUUCUUCAGGUGAUCAGUCAUGCAGUGGUUGCACAGCUGGCCACACAAAGGAUAGCCUGCUGGAGAAGAAAAACUGCAACACAAUGGCCCUUAUGCACAUGGCUUUUCAUAGAUGCUUUUGGGCUUAAGAAUGUAUUGGAAUAUUAUGUGGGAGUAAAUCCCAUAGAACUUAGUGGAGUUUUCUCCAGUAUGGUUGCACUGUUUAAGGCAGGAGUGAGCAAAGUGCCACCUUCCUGAUGCUGCUGGACAAUAUUGCUUAGCAUUUCUCACCAUUGGCCAUGUUCGUUAGGACUAAUGGGAGUUGUAGUUCAACAACAUCUGGAGGGGCUGUGCCUUGGCCACUCCUGGUUUAAAGGGUAACCAUUUUGGUGUGACAGAUAAACCACAUGGAACACACAGGAGGAAAGUAUACGUAUGUGGGGAAACAUAAUGAAAGCAAUGAAGCUUGACUGCAGCCUUCUCUGGGAUUGGCAGAGCCCAGUUCUUUUGUAAAUACAGUUUUUUGUAUAAAUAAGCAGCUGCUGAAAGAAGGGAGGUAAAUGCAAAAGUAGUUUCUGUCCCAAAGUCCAACAGCAUAUUAUUUGGAAGUAUAGAAAACAGACUGUAUGGUUCAGUUCUUGAGACCAACAAAUUAUAUUGAUCUUACACUGAAUAUGAUAAUGUGCCAGUUUCUUUGACAUGCCUACAGGUUUUCUUGUUCUUGCAUAUCAGGCUGAAUGGCACUAAUAAUUCUGUAUAUGGAUAUGUGCACUUUGUGUUUUUUUGUGGGAUUAUACCUGGCUUGUGAAUAAAGAGGAC